AUGCUGCCUUUUAGCCUCGUAAGAAAGUACGGCUAUGCAUGCGAAAUACAUCGAACGUACACAGAAGACAAAUACGUCUUGGAGUUGCAUAGGAUACCUUAUGGAAAACAAAAUUGCUCUCAAGAAAUCAGGCCUGUCGUAUUUUUACAACACGGUCUUCUCUCGUCGUCUGCGGAAUGGGUACUAAUGGGACCAGGAAAAGGAUUGGCUUACAUAUUAGCAGACGCUGGUUAUGACGUCUGGAUGGGAAACGCCAGAGGCAAUACGUACUCGCGGAAACACGUCUCAAUUAAUCCAUCUUCCUCAGCCUUUUGGAAGUUCAGCUGGCACGAAAUAGGCUACUAUGAUCUACCGGCUAUGAUCGACUACGUGUUAAACGAGACAAGCGUCUCCAAGAUACAGUAUGUUGGAUUUUCACAGGGAACUACAGCAUUUUUUGUGAUGACUUCAACCAGACCAGAAUAUAACAAUAAAAUUAAAGCUAUGCAAGCACUGGCACCAGUUGCUUUUGUUGGAAAUAUAAUAAGUCCUCUAGUGAGAGCCCUUGCGCCAUUUACGAACUCCUUGGAGAGAAUAUUAAGGUUAUUAGGUCAAAACGAGUUCUUAGCGAACGGUAAGAUAAAUGAAUUAGCUGGUAAAAGAUUUUGUCUCGAGGAAGCUGUAACGCAGAGCCUAUGCACCAAUCUCUUAUUUCUUUUGUGUGGAUAUAAUGAAGCGCAGCUCAACAAGACGAUGCUUCCAGUGGUCCUGGGCCACACACCAGCCGGUGCGUCGACGAGACAAAUGAUCCAUUUCGGUCAACUGUACAAAUCGAAGCAGUUCACCAAUUUCGACCAUGGUUGGAUAUCUAAUAAACGAAUAUAUGGUACUUUUACACCACCAGCGUAUAAUUUAAGUGCAAUAACCGCACCCAUUUAUCUACACUAUGGCGAUAAUGAUUGGCUAUCGAGUUCGAAUGACAUAGAUAAAUUAUUACUAGGAAUAGACUCGGUGGUCGGAAAAUACAGAGUACCGCUCAAUAAAUUCAAUCAUUUAGACUUCAUAUUCGCAAUCGACGCUGACAAACUUCUGUAUAGACGUAUGAUGAAGAUUAUGUCUCGUUUCGCCUGAUUUUCUUUUAAUGAUAAUAAAAAAUAGG